AUGGCGAGCAGCACCUCAGACGCCAAGUCUGCGUCUUCGCAGCGCACUUCACCUUCACAGACGUCGUCCAUCAAGUCCUUCGACCUUUCCUCGAGAUCCCCGCAUCUUGCUGCCCAGAACGGCCACCCCGUCCCGACCAGCUCUGCCGAGCAAUUGCCAAAGCCUUCGGAAAAGGCUUCGGUCAAGGACCGCUUGACUCGCAUGUUCUCGACAAAAGACCCCGGUCGCGUUGCUGCUGCAGCAGAUGCAGCUACCUCGAGAAACACCACCCCGGGUAACCGCAGCACAGCUCCAUCCCCGCCGCCGUCGGCGAGCUCGAAGCCUGUCCCUCAGCGCAAGAUGUCCAUCACCGAUGCCAAAGCCAAGACGAACGGCAAUGCGCCGCCUUCACGCUUCGUCCUUAUCCCCGAGGCCCAAGGCGGUCACGAGCACCACCUGAAGUCAAGUCGCCGCCAGGAGAAGCUAACCGAUAUGAUCAAGGGCUUCCUCGGCAGGAAGAUUGAACAGCCAGCCCCCGAAAACGACUUGUCUUUGGUUUCCAGCUGGGUCGACACUCUCAAGCAAGAAAAGGAUGGUCUUGCCACGGCAGAGAAGAAGGGCGUAAGCACUGCGCCUACCACUCUGGUCGAAAAGUACGGCAAAUGCCAGGAGAUCAUUGGCCGUGGAGCCUUUGGUAUCGUGAGGAUCUCGCACAAGAAACUGGAGAAUGGUCUCGGAGAGAAGCUUUUUGCCGUCAAGGAAUUCCGCCGCAGGCCCGAGGAAACGGAAAAGAAGUAUAGCAAACGCUUGACUGCCGAGUUCUGCAUCUCCUCCUCCCUCAGACAUCCCAACGUGAUUCACACCCUUGACCUUAUUAAGGACGCCAAGGGGGAUUUUUGCGAGGUGAUGGAAUUCUGUGCUGGAGGCGAUCUUUACACCCUUGUCCUUGCCGCCGGAAAACUCGAGGUUCAGGAGGCGGACUGCUUCUUCAAGCAAAUGAUGCGUGGUGUCGAGUACAUGCAUGAGAUGGGUGUUGCUCAUCGUGACCUGAAGCCCGAGAACCUCCUCCUCACCACCCACGGUGCCCUCAAGAUCACCGACUUUGGCAAUGGCGAAUGCUUCCGUAUGGCUUGGGAGAACGACGCGCAUAUGGUUUCCGGUCUGUGUGGUUCUGCCCCGUACAUUGCACCCGAGGAGUAUAUCGACAAAGAGUUCGAUGCUCGCGCUGUCGAUGUGUGGGCUUGCGGCGUCAUUUACAUGGCCAUGAGGACUGGUCGCCAUUUGUGGAGGGUAGCUAAGAAGGACGACGACGAGUUCUACGCUAGGUACCUAGAAGGUCGUCGGGACGAGGAGGGCUACCAACCGAUCGAGUCGUUACACAGGGCACGUUGCAGGAACGUCAUCUACUCGAUAUUGGACCCGAAUCCGUCUCGUAGAAUCACGGCGUCACAAGUUCUCAAGUCCGAAUGGGGUCGUGAGAUAAAACUUUGCAAGGCCGGAGAGGAGGGCCUUUAACAACACUCCGUCAGGCGGGCCCAUAGUUGAUGUUCUAGACCCACCUUGGGAACUCGCAAGGGCAUCACGUCACCGUCUGGCGGGAUUGCGCGCAUGAUUUCGUAUGGAGAUUUAGGGCUAUUCAUUUCUCAUAGGAAUGAGAAAAGAAACGUUUACCCUCAAAUUUUCGAGCGAACGAUGCUAGGAUCGUCAUCUUGACCUAGCACAGCGACGACAGUCACCUACUUACAUACCACAACAACCCCCACCCCCCCUAAAGAAAAAAGCCUCUCGUUUGUUUGUACUUGUGGUAAGAGAGGCAAGAGGCGGGGGGCAGGAUAGGAAGAAUAGGAAGGAUAGGAGCAGCUGAAAGAUGGGAAUGAUUUGGAUGGAUGGAUGGAUGGACGGAUGGGAUGGGAUGGGUGGGCGGCAGAGAUCUCAGGUAAUGACAUCAUGCCUCGUUUCGCGUUUGGCCAGCAUAGGAGUUUGGAGCACUCAUGCAUGCAUUUUCAGUUCGGGCCAAGGGCUCGCCGUAACUGAUUUAACUGCCCUUUUCGACCCUCGUUUUUGUUUUUACUUACCGCAUUGUGUGUGCGUCUUUUCUUCGGACCAGACUACCGCAAGUUUUCAUGGGCGGAUGGAGGGGCCUCUUUCGCUUUCUCAAGUAUAGCAUUGUAUUGGAACCGGGACUUUGACUGGUGGCCUCCUCUUUUUUUACAUCACAUACCAUUUCUUCC